UACUCAGCAAACGACUAUGUAUCGUUUAAUCUCGUUCUGCCUGACAAGUCUUUGUCCCUUUCAAGUUUAUUACCUCUGGGUACUCCGGUUUAUAUCGAGCUAAGUCGUCAUUCAAUUACCUCCGAUAGUCCCACAUUCUCUCUCUCUCUCUUCUCGCUGCCUACCACCAGUUACACCUCCAGAGCCCCUCCUUACCCCAAGGGUCGUCCCGGGACCGGGUAUAUAAUAUGACCUUCGGUGUUUACACGCGUCCCGCUAACGCCGUCGUAUAUACCUCUGGGUUGGUUCUAGCCUUGCCUGUAGUCGACGCUGGGAUUCGGUGGAGUGUGUAUCGGGACCGUUCUCUUCUGCUGCCUGAAGUGAAAAAGCCGUGUUGCCGUUUUUGUCUGCGGGUUUGUUUGUGUGUGAACUCUAAGUGCACGAGGAUUAGAUCGACUUUGUUUCAUAAGAUCGAUACGUGUUCGUUGGGUGUUCCUCCUCAUUCCGAUAAGAAGGCUGAUAGGUAAAACAAAACUUUGCACUCGUUGUGCCGAUGAUAAGUUGAUAUCAAAUAGGUGGUGAUACGUGCUAUUGCGAAAGGCCUGUCGUUUUAUUAGUCACUGUGUGGGAAGUUUUUAUCCUGUUCGAAUGCGUAACCAGUCUAUGUAGCUAGUUUCUAAGAGGUAGAACACAGAAAGGGGAGUACUAUACAAGCCUCUGAAGAAGAAGAGGAAGAGGAAGAGCAGAAGUAACGUCGAGUUCGGUAUCCAUAACAUACAGGAACAGAAGGACGUACACAAACUCUGCGCUUAUUCAGGAUACCACCAGGUGUCGACGUCGAGUGUCUGUCGUCUCUCUCUCAAUCAAACACGAUGGAAACCAUGGAGAUCGACAGCUUUUCGUCUUUAAGCAUAAGCUGUGACGUCGACGUUUGGAUCGACCAGCUGAAAAAACGGGAGCCCCUGAGCAUAAGCCAACUCAAAUCUCUUUGUGUUAAGAUCAGCGAGGUCCUGACGAAGGAGAACAACGUAGUGGAGGUCUCCUCUCCCGUCACGGUCUGCGGAGACCUGCACGGACAGUUCUACGAUCUGAUGGAGCUGUUCAAGGUGGCGGGAGAACCUCCUCACGUCAACUAUCUCUUCAUGGGAGACUACGUCGACAGAGGCUACUUCUCCGUUGUGGUUGUGUCCCUCUUGCUCGCGCUCAAGCUGAAACACCCGCAAAGAGUCACCCUCCUCAGGGGGAACCACGAAUGUCGCCAGUCGACGCAGGUCUACGGCUUCUACGACGAGUGCCUCAGCAUCUACCACACCUCGGAGGCGUGGGCGCAGUUCAUGAGCGUCUUCGACUGCCUCCCGCUGACGGCGCUCGUCGACAACAAGAUCCUGUGCAUGCACGGCGGCCUCUCCCCCUCCCUGGACUCCGUCGACCACAUCCGGGUCCUGGACAGGUUUCAGGAGCUGCCGCACGACGGCGCCAUGUGCGACCUGCUCUGGUCGGACCCUGACGAGUGCGGGAGGCGGCUGGGCUGGAGUCUGAGCGCCAGGGGCGCCGGGUACAUGUGGGGUUCUGAUGUGUCGCAUGAUUUCACCUACAGCAACGACUUGGAGUGCGUCUCGAGGGCCCACCAGAUGCAGGACGCUGGCUACACUUGGUGCCACGACGACAAAAUAGUGACGGUGUUUUCGGCGCCAAAUUACUGCUACCGGUGCGGCAACCUGGCCGGCUACAUGGUGGUCGAUAACGGUUGUAAGACGUGUUACACAUUCGAAGCAGCACCUCGCGACAAGACGACCAUGCUCAGCAAGAACGUCAUCAGCUACUUUUUCUAGGCGAGUCGUCCCUCUGGACGAGAGAGCUCUCCGCGCUGCAGUGAUUAUUUAAAGGCAGCAGCAGCAGGUGUCCUUCCAGGCUAUAAUAGUAAUGAAUAAUGUCCUCUGAGAGAGAGAAAACUCCAAGAACUUUGGCACCAGAGACACUCAAUUUUGGCGCCAUAGAGAGAGAGAGAGAAAAAAAAAUAACUCCAACAACUUUGGAGUCAGAGACACUCAACUUUGUCGCCAGAGAGAGAAAAAAAGACUUCAAGAGUCUUGGCGCCAGAGACCACUGUCAACUUUGGCGCCAGAGACCACUCAUUUCCUCCCCCUCAAGACUUGGUGUGUCAUUUUUUUCGAAUUUCAAGUUUCAUUUCUGUCGUAUAUGUAUGUAGUUGGGAGCCUUUGUGCUUAGCAUUCUUCGCAAAAAAAAAAAAAAAGGCUAUUUUAUUAAAGACUUAUUCUUUAUUUCUGAUGUGUGAGUGGGACUUCUCCAUAGGCGAUCCUUUUGUGAAAAUAAUUAAUUAAACGGAUUUGCAAGGAGUUCCAAGUCGGUCUGGUAGAAGGAACUAGUGGUGUCAUGGAGUGAUGUCUCUUUGUCUAAGUGAAGACGCGAAAAAAAGUAAACUCCUUUUGUGAGUGACUGGAUUUAUUCCACACUACAGAAUGUGACUGGCUGAAGAGUUGUGAUCAGAUCAGCUCCGAGCGGGGAGUGAAAACCCCGCUCUUGUCAGGAGAGCAGACUAUAGCUUAGUGUCGUCAGAUGGAAAGUGCUUCGAAAUUGGAGUAGACACUCCACCACUUUUCAUUGUAAAAAAUACUAAUAUUUUUUUUUUAUUAUUUGGGGAAAAUACGUGUUUAGCAGACACUUUUUUUAUAUGCAACUUUAGCUUUGAUAACAGAGGCAUAGAUCUAUUAGAUGGAGAUAUAAUGAAGUAGAUACUCGACCACAUUUCGUCUUAAAAAAUAACUUCUUUAUAUUAAUUGCAGAAAAUACGUCCUUUGCAGACCACUUUUUUACUUCGCAACUUUAUGCUUUGAUAACAGAGGCAUAGAUCUAUUAAAUGGAGAUCUAAAAAUAGGCCCGUAGACAACUUUUCUUAAUUCACAACCUUAUACUUUGAUAACAGAGACAUAGAUAUAUUGAACGGAUCUAAAAUACACUUUAUUUUACUCAGUGAGCAGUAGAACCGUUAGAGAUUCUUAAAAAGAUGUCAGCAAAGAAGACGUGAAGAUUUCUCAAAUAUAUAUGCCGGAGAUUCGAUGUGAAUAUACUGUACAUUUUUAGGACCUAUGAUCGUAUUUCUAUGUAUAUUUUGCUUCAGAUAGGCAUAGGCGUGUUUCUCUGUUAACAAAAAAUAAAAGGCUGAUAUUUUUCUAAAUGUAAAUGAUACUAUUUGCAUUCACAUAAAUAUACUUACAAUUACUUGAUUCAAAACGUAGGAAAUCAAUGUUUUUGUUUUCUUUCAAUCUGAGGCGCCAUUUACUUAUCAGUUUCUAUUCUCCUAAAAAUAAUGUGCGUAUUCUUUUUUAUAUUCCAUUUUCAUUUAUUUCCUAGAAGACAUUCACUUACGACAGACCUUAUCCUUCAACUGCCGAGAGAUUAUGGCGUGAAAAGAUAGGCAUCUAUAUAUUUUUUGGUUAAUUGCUAAUUCCAUGUUCAUUAGCACAAUAAUUAUUAAUUGCUUUACAAGUGAUCGCUGGCUCGAUCUUGCUUCUUGAUAAAAUAAUUUUUUUUUUUUUUUUUGACAAGACAGGGGGUAUUUUUCGGCCAUUUCAAACCUCCUAGAAGACUUCUAAAUGAAGAAAAUGCACAUAGGAAGUGCAUUUUUCUGUUUAACGUGAACGUGUGCAUUCCUAAGUCCUUCAAGACUUUCUCCUGUUAAGGUAGAAAUGCACAAAAGAAUGCGCAGAGGAAGUGCAUUUUUGCUGCUUAAUGUGAACGUGUGCAUUCUUAACUUUAUCAAGACGUUCUCCUGUUAAGGUAGAAAUGCACAAAAGAAUGCGCAGAGGAAGUGCAUUUUUGUUUGACGUGAAUGUGUGCAUUCUUAACUUCUCUUCAAGACGUUCUCCUUAUAUGAAUAAAAUGCACAAAAAAGAAUGCACAGAGGAGACGUGCAUUCGCAUUUCCUGUUUACCGUGAAUGUGUGCAUGCGGAAGUGACUAUAUGUUAAGAAAUAUCUUUUAUAUUUUUUGAGACAUUAUCUAUUUCAGUUUUUUAGUGUAAUGUAAUUCUUAUAUAAUAUUUUCAAAUUAAGACAGACUUUUGUAAUUUUGUUUUAUUUUGAGAUUUUCUUGUUUUGAAUUUUUUUCAAAUAUCCAUAUAUUGAUUUUUGUGCUUAUGUUCCUAUUUUUAGCUUUUUGGAGACAUUAUAUAUUCAAUUUCUUGUAAUUAAGUGAAUUUGGUAUCCUGAUUUUCACGUCUAGAUCGCCUUUGGCAUUUAUUUUUAAAAAUUUUGAGAUUAUUCUUGUCAUUUUAAAAAUAAUUUUUAUUUUCAAAGAUCCAUAUUGUUUUUUUUUUUGCAUAUGUUCCUUUUUAAGAAAUAUAUUUUCCAUUUCUUAUAAUUUAAUGUAACUUUUACUUUUAUUUUCACAUUUGCAUUUAUGUUCUGCAAAAAUUAAACAAUUUUUUUCAGAGAUUCAUAAUUUAAAAAAAAAAAUUUCAGUUUUCUUUAGAUUAUAUUUUUCGUAUUACCUUAAAUUUGAAGAUAACUGAUUUUCUCAUUCGCCAGAUACGUCUACUCAUACACGAAUGAGCUGGAGUCUGUGAUUUUAACUUAGAAAAUGUAUUUUGUAAGUGUGUGUAUUACGUUAUGUAAAUCAAAACGGAGUUGGUGCAUUUAUGUAUUAUUAUCGACUGAAAGUGAAAUUAUAUAGUAUAUAUAUAUCUAUUUUCGUUUAUUGUCGAAGAAUAAACUAUAAGAUUAAGUUUG